AUGCGCAUUCCGAUGCCCCGCUCUUCCCGGCCACAACGCCCAACCCAAAAGGGCUGCGACGGCUCGACGAACAUCAAGAACAACGCGAGGGCUCCUCGUCUUCAGGUCUUCAGCAAGGCAUCCCCGACCGUAUCAAUCUCGAACACGAACGCGUCCUGUGCCACCACCGCUUGUCUUUCUCCUUCGCCUGUAUCUGACAUGCCUACCAACUUCAUUCCAUUCCCAUCGUCGCCCAUUCCAUGUCCUACCGGACGAAACGACGUGUCGCAGAAGGAUACGCAUCCGAUCUUACGCGACUUUUACGAGGAAGAACUAUCUGCGGCUGCACUGGACGCCUACAAUGACGGAGGCGCGUCGCAAACCGUCGUCCGCAACGUCCGCAAACGCGCGAAGUCCUCGCUCUCGUGGUCUGAACCUAGCCACAACUCCCUGUUGCAGAGGGGCGAGAACAACCUUUACGCAGAUCCGGGCCUUCUGAUUCCGCGUCGUUCCGCCAGACGCAUGGGUCAGCGCAAGCUGGAGUCGCGGUCCGCGGACGGUGGCGGGCGAAAGUUAAGCAUACUUGCCGGUGGCCCACCCCAAAGGCGCGCCCGAAAAGAGAGGCGAAGCGUCUCCGACGCGCAGUUCCUCGCGAUAGUGCACCAGAGUAUCGCCUGGCGCGCACGUAACAUACAAGCGAACCUGCAGGACGCGUUCGCAGCGGAGGAUAUCGCUCUCGCCAGGCGCCUCUGGCUGGACCUUGUCGCACAGGGCUGGCAGCCCGUCCCAUUCAACGACCAGCUGCCGUGUGGACGUCGUGCGAACGAGAUCCACGAUGCCUCGUCGGUCCCCCCUCCCACAACGUGCCUGCCGUCUGCUCCGCUGGCAACUAGGAUGCCGCCCCCGUACACGCUUACCAUGCCGCAGCUCGUGGCAGUGCUGACUUUGCGACACAGAGAUCGCAGUGCCAGUCGUUCGCGGUCAAAAGACGAGAAGGUCGAGCUGGCCCUGCCGGCACGCCCGCCAUCGUCGCUCUCUCGGAUCGUAUUCUCCGAAUAG